UGCCAUGUGUUAGAAAAUGCAUGUAACUGAGGUCGCCAUUUGAGGAACUUGAAGCUUAUAAAUUCACACAUUCAGACAUAAUCAAAUCCACUCCAUCUUUGCUUUUUCAUCUUCUUUUGUUAUUACUGCGUUACUUCACAACACAAACAAAGCAUAAAUAGAUAACAAUAUGGCAAGCCACGGUAACGACAACCUUUACAGCAGUGGCGCCCAAGCCCCCGGCCAAGCUCAGAUGAGAAGGGAUGGCUCAAACGCACCUUCUGAGGGCCAAGGCCAUAACUUUCUUCAAGAGACGGGGACACAAGUGAAGAACAUGGCACAAGGAGCAGCAGACAUUGGAAAAGGAGCAGCGCAAGGUGCAGUUAGCAUGGCAUGUGGAGCUGCUUUAGGUGCAGCUAACAUGGCUCAGGGUGCGGCUGAUGCAGUUAAGAAUACUGUUGGAACCAAUAAUCCACCCCAUGACACCACCGGCAGCACCAACAUCCCUAAUUACCUAGAUGAAUUCCCAAAAACCAACCCCACCAACCCCAAGAUUUAAUUGCUCUUAGGAAAUGCUGUCAUUUUACUGAAAAAUGCUUCAUAUUUUUUGUCUUUCUUUUAUAAUGUAGGCUUGUAGCCUAUUACGAGGUGUGGUUUGUCGUUUAGCACACACCAUAGUUCUGUCACUUCUUUGUUCUUCACAGAAUUCUAUUGAGAAUUGUUAUUCUUGUAUUUAAAUAUUAAAAAUUGACAGCAGCA